CGUUUUCUCUCACACAAUCGUUUCUUGCCGUUUUCGCUUAUUCACUCUUGAGCUUCUCAUUUUUUCAUUUCUCUCAACAACGAAAUGGGAAAAGCUCGCUCUGGUAGCAAACGCGCUCAGCCAGCAACGCCGGAACAAGAUGAACUUGAAGACAACGUUCUUUCGUCGGAAGAUAACGAAAUCGUUUCGCUUCUUCCUUCCGAGCGAAAGAAACUUAAGUCUUGUUCUGCUAAGACUGACGGUGCUUCCUUUGUUGGAAAACCUAUUCCGGCAGAGGAAGCCAGAUCUAAAUGGCCUCGCCGUUACUCCAAGAAAGAUGGAUCCGAGGAUAAUGAUUGCUUAAAAGCGAAGUUUCAUUACCGUGAGGCAAAUGUUGAUGGUGUUAUUUAUAAGCUCAAUGAUACUGCCUAUGUCAAGGCUGAAGAUGAUAAACCUAACUAUAUUGCAAGGAUUGUUGAGUUCUUUGAAACUGAAGACAAAGAUCCAUAUUUUACUGCUCAAUGGUUUUAUAGAGCCGAAGAUACUGUUAUUAAGAUUCAUCCCGAGCUUAUUGACAAGAAGAGGGUCUUUAUAUCAGAUGUCAAAGAUGAAAAUCCUCUUGAUUGUAUUGUCAGAAAAGUGAAAAUUGCCCUAAUUACUCCUGAUGUAGACUUGGCUGCAAAGAAGAAGAAAAUGCCUCCCUGUGAGCUAUACUAUGAUAUGAAGUACACUAUUCCUUAUUUAACAUUCUCAAGCAUUGUCAGUGAAACAUCCAAAAUAGAGAGUGAAACAUCUACACUAUCAAGUGAAUCAGAUUCUAAAUAUGGUUCUAAUAGGUGUGAUGCUGAGAAUAGUGUUGCUAAUGGAGGGUUAAUUCAAAACAAAGAUUCUGAGAAGACAGAAUGGACUUUAUUAGAUUUGUAUGCUGGUUGUGGAGCCAUGUCCACUGGUCUUUGCUUUGGAGCUUCUAUAUCUGGCAUCAAUCUUGUUACGAGGUGGGCUGUUGACAUAAAUAAACAUGCUUGUGAAAGUCUGAAGCAAAAUCACCCAGAAACACAUGUGAGAAAUGAGCCUGCAGAAGACUUUUUAAGUCUACUGAAAGAGUGGGCUAAGCUCCAUGAGGAGUUUGUAUUGAAGGCAUCAGAAAAGACAGAUUCUAAUGUUGAUGCUGAUGAAAAUGUGAAAGAUGAACCCGAAGACAUAAAAGAAGAAGCUGCUGAUGACUCAUCUGACUCUGAAGAAUUUGAGGUAGAAAGACUGCUUGCUGUUUGCUACGGUGAUCCCAACUCUGACAACAAACCAGGAGUUUACUUUAAAGUGCAAUGGAAGGGUUAUGAUUCCAGUUAUGAUACGUGGGAGCCAGUAGAGGGCUUGAGAGAUUGUACAGACGCUUUGAAAGAUUUUGUGACAAAUGGUUGUAAAGAAAAAUUAUUGCCUCUUCCUGGUCAAGCUGAUUUUAUUUGUGGAGGACCACCUUGCCAAGGAAUUAGUGGUUUCAAUCGAUUCCGUAAUGACAAAGAGCCACUGAAGGAUGUUAAAAACAAGCAGUUGCUUGUUUAUAUGGACAUUAUUGAUUUCCUGAAGCCAAAAUAUGUACUGAUGGAGAAUGUUGUUGACCUUUUGAAAUUUUCUGGUGGGUUUUUGGGCCGUUAUGCCAUAGGUCGUCUUGUGGCCAUGAAUUACCAAGCUAGAAUGGGGAUGAUGGCUGCAGGUUCGUAUGGUGUUCCUCAAUUCAGGAUGCGAGUUUUUCUUUGGGGAGCUCUUCCUAAUGAAAAACUGCCUGCUUAUCCGUUACCAACUCAUAAUGCGAUAUCAAGAUCGGUUGUGCCCACUGAGUUUGAUGAAAUUACAGUCACAUAUCCUCCUGAAGAAAAACAUCAGCUGGCUGAUGCAGUUUUGCUUAAAGAUGCAUUGGAAGAUCUUCCUGCAAUUACUAAUGAAGAGAACCAGAAUGAAAGGAGCUAUGGCACUAAACCUCGUACUGAGUUUCAAAAGUAUAUCAGAUUAAAGAGAAGUGAGAUGGUGAAUUUUUCAACUCACUCUAAAAGUGCACCAAGUGGAAUGCUGUUUGAUCACCGUCCUCUCCAGUUAAACAAAGAUGACUAUGACAGAGUUUGCCAAAUUCCAAAGAAGAAGGGAGCAAACUUUAGAGACCUACCUGGAGUUCUUGUUAAAGGCAACAAGGUUGAAUGGGAUCCUUCAGUUGAACGAGUACUGCUUCAAUCUGGGAAGCCAUUGGUUCCUGAUUAUGCGAUGUCAUUUGUCCGUGGAACCUCUUCAAAACCCUUUCGUCGAUUGUGGUGGGAUGAAAUUGUGAAUACAGUUGUAACUAGGGCAGAACCUCACAAUCAGGCCAUUCUCCACCCUGAACAAGACAGAGUUCUUAGUAUCCGAGAGAAUGCAAGGAUACAGGGAUUUCCUGAUUGCUAUAAACUUUGUGGCCCUAUCAAAGAGAGGUACAUGCAAGUCGGAAAUGCAGUGGCUGUUCCUGUGGCUCUUGGCCUUGGAUACACAUUAGGUUUAGCUAUCCAAGGACUCUCUGAUGAUAAGCCCUUGACAACUCUCCCAUUCAACUACCCAAGUUCUCUUGCUCUUAAAAAUUUAGCUAAGGUUGAGGAUAAUAAUUCAAGUUGACGCGUUCCUCUCUCUGCAAUCCCAGUCUCUGCCAUUUUAAAGUCAAUUUGCAUCAUUCUUAUAAGGAUUUUCCUUUUCAAGUUGAGAGAAUGCAUCAGGCUGAAGAAUUGUGAGACUAUGUUUUGUACUAUUAUUUUCAUUGUUUGUGAUUUUAGAUUCACUUUUGUGAUGGUCUGCAAUUUGUUGUAAUGUAUCCAAUGCUUAAAACAAUUGGAAUUCAGUGAAUGACUACAAUUUGAUCAA